AUGACUUCCAAAGAAGAACCCAAGCCCUCCUCGGGGGAGGAACGGCGGCGGAGCCCCUUGGAUCACCUCCCACCGCCGGCCAACUCCAACAAGCCCCUCACCCCCUUCAGCAUCGAGGACAUCCUCAACAAGCCCUCGGUGCGGAGGAGUUACACCCUCUGCGGAACUGCCCACCUCCUCUCCGCCGCCGAGAAGCACCCCCCGGCCGGGCUGCCCCUCUCCGGCCGGGCGCUGCUCUCCCAAACCUCGCCCCUCUGCGCCCUGGAAGAACUGGCCAGCAAGACCUUCAAGGGGCUGGAAGUCAGCGUGCUGCAGGCGGCCGAAGGCAGGGACGGGAUGACGAUCUUCGGGCAGCGGCAAACGCCGAAGAAGCGUCGAAAGUCGCGGACGGCCUUCACCAACCACCAGAUCUACGAGCUGGAGAAGCGGUUCCUCUACCAAAAAUACCUGUCCCCGGCGGACCGGGACCAGAUCGCCCAGCAGCUGGGGCUCACCAACGCCCAGGUCAUCACCUGGUUCCAGAACCGCCGCGCCAAGCUCAAACGAGACCUGGAGGAGAUGAAGGCCGACGUGGAAUCGGCCAAAAAGCUGGGCCCCAACCCCGCCGUGGACAUCGUGGCCUUGGCCGAGCUGGAGCCCAACGCCGAGGGAAGGGGCAAAGCGCGGGCCGGUUCCCCGCCGCCGCCCCCCGCCGCCGCCCGGGACCCCGGCGCCCCGCCGCCGCCCCGCCCCGCCUCGCCCCCCACGGAGCGGCCCCGCAGCCGCCGGGACAGCGAAGAGGAGGAGGAGGAGGAGGAGGAGGACGUGGAGAUCGACGUGGAUGACUGA